AUGUCACCUGCCGUGCAUAAAUGGUGGCAAGUGCAGUGCCAGGGACAAAUGUCAGUGCCCUCCCAGCUUUACUGGAAAGUUCUGCCAGAUGCCCAUUCAAAACGGACACCAGCAGCACCAGCCGACAUCAGGAAGCUUUAGCCAAAGUCAGGUCUUCUCCACACACACACUGCCUCUGACCUACAGUAACGGCCAGAAUCCUGUGUUCAGCCCCAGCUUCGUCAAUAUCCACAUCAAACAUCCUCCAGAAGCCUCUGUCCAGGUUCACCAGGUGUCUCAGCUGGACAAUUACCACAACAACGGGCACCAGCUGAAAGGUUCCCAGCCAGGCUCCUCUUCAUCCACCAGCUACAGCUACCACCACACAGAGAGCAGCCAGAAGAUCCAGCACCACGGCUACAACAUUUAUCCCAGCCAGCAAGGCCACCAGGUCCCCCAGUACCAACCCGUCACCUCUAAGAACACAUUGGGUCGCUGCUUCCAGGAGACCGCAGGGAGUCAGUGUGGGAAGGCUCUGCCAGGUCUAACUAAGCAGGAGCAGUGCUGUGGGACCAUUGGGACAUCCUGGGGUUUCCACAAAUGCCAGAAAUGUCCAAAGAAACCAUGUAAGUACAGCUUUUCUUUCUCUGGCAUUUUGUGAGUGUGUACGUUGUCU